GUUUAGAAAACCCAGGGGAAUUUUUGAAAAAGCUGGCAGCUUCGGAGCGAAUCCGGUGCCGCGGAACGUGCCGGCCUGUGGAUGACAUAAUAACUGAGGGAAAGCGCCGACGUCGUCUACAAAUGGGGCGAGAUAUAUGCGGACACCGGCCCGAUGCUAGAGACGGAGCGCGCUGGGGGGGUUGCCGUGCUCCUGGGCCCCGGCAUGGUCAUCGUAAAG